AUGGAAAGCGGGGACGAGCGACCAUACCGGUCUCACACGAAGCCAGCAUGCGUACCGUGCCGGCGGAGAAAAUCGCGAUGCAAAUUGGAGCCCCACACCGCGGCCUGUCUGAUGUGUCGUGCACACGGCACAGAGUGUACAUUUCCCAACGGCAGAGGAAAGUCAACACCGCAAAAGAGGUAUUCUACAGAGGAUAGCCCAAUACAACCUCAUCCGACUUUACGAAUUCCAGCCGCAGCUGCCCAGCCACUGAACCGGCUGCCGCAACCGGUAGCGGCUUCGCCGCAGUUCUCGAUUGUCACACAACCUCAGAACGACCAGGAUACGCCGCUAUCUCUCGAAGCCGACGAUGAUAAUCCCCAUAUCCUCGGUCCGGCGGUGACUGGGGAUAAUCAUGUCUUGGCUGACUAUCUGUCUAACAUUUCGGGUGGCCAGGGGAUUCGUGAGAUUCGUCCAGUCGAGCCGGGUAGUUCCUCAUCCCCGGUUAUAUUUACCAAAGUACAGAAAAGGCCGUUGGGGCUCAUGGUGAACUCUAGUCCGGCAUUGCAUAAGUUACAAACCAUCGAAAAGCUUGUAGAGCCAUGGGGACCACACUUGAUAGACAUAUAUCUGAGAAAGAUCAAUCCCUGCAUCCCACUACUUGAAGAAAGUUCCUUUCGGGCGCAAUACACAAAUGCCAGACACCGCAUUUCUCCUGCACUUUUGGCGUGCCUGUAUGCCCACAUGCUUACCCAAUGGCAACAUGACCCCCUUCUGUCACGAGAAAGAUGCCCAGACGUUCGUUUUGUCUGGAAUCUUGCAAUUGAAGCGUCUUAUUCCGAGUUGCAUGCCUCAGCUGGAAUAUCCACGAUAAAGGCCAUUCUCCUCGAUAUUGGGGGUCGUCCAACCACAUCUAUGACAGGCAACGGAGUAAGGCUUGGUUCGGCAGUUGCGUUGUGCCAUUCCCUGGGUUUAAAUCGAAACCCCCUUCCGUGGGAUAUCCCACAGGAGGAGAAGCACAUGAGAAUGAAGAUCUGGUGGUCUAUACUACUCCAUGAUCGCUGGUCGAGUCUAGCUUAUGGGACACCUCCCCAUAUCAGGAGAUCACAAUACGACGUACCACUACCAAAAUCCGAGUACCUGUCAGAUUGGGAACGAGACCACGAAGCAAACGCGGUUUUUAUCGAGCUCAUGAACUUGACCGAUGUGCUAGAUCACUGUCUGGAGAAGGUGUACAGCAUCCGAAUAGAGACCCAAGUACCAAGCAGGAAUCUGGAACUAGAGUUGAACAAAUGGGUGGACUCACUCACAGGAGACAUCCGCAAAAUCAUCAUCCGGGGCUCAAACCUCAAUAUUCCCGGAUCCUCUAAUCUCCGUCUGGCAUACCUCGCAACAAGACUCCUCCUCCGGCGCAUUGACCUAGAUCGAGAGCGGCAAGCACCAGACUCAAAUGCAGAGCACAUGGCCAACCAAAUUAUGGAAGCGCGCAGGACUGCAGAAGACAUUGUGGUUCUGGUCCAGGAACUCGGAGAAGCCCAGUUGGGUGACUUCUGGUUACCUGUCGUAGCAUUCACAUUUUCAGCAACGGUGACGUUUUUGAUUCGGUGCGCACUAGAGACAGAGCAGGGAGCGGGUCUUGCACAGAGUGGUUCUCUGCGAAUGGCGAAUGACCUUUUGGAUUCGUUACGAUCGCACCACAAGAACUUUGGGUGGGAUCUAGGUGAUAUUUGCCUCGCACAGCAUUCCGAUGUCAUUGACAAGCUGUUGAAGUCAGAGCCACCGGUUGAGAACUCGGGGGAGACAAAUCUUGAUCUCCGUCAGCCUUUUAUGCCUGAUAUGACUUUUGUUGAUGAUAUGUUUCCGAGUACUUGGGAUAUACUGCAAAUUAUGGAGUGA